UCCGGUAACUAAAAUCUAACGGCCCCAGUUGUCGAUCCAAACCGACUGGGAACCAACCUCACUCUCUCUCCCCCGUCGAUGCGCACAGAACUUCAGCUUCCGAUCGGUCUCUGAAUCCCCCUUCUUCGCACCUCGUAUCCGAUCCCCUUCUCGCGCUUCACUGGGGCCCAUGGAAAUGCCUUCGAUCUCUUCCAGUCCCCGCACCGUCGAAGAGAUCUUCAAAGACUACAGCGCUCGUCGCGCCGGCGUCGUCCGCGCCCUCACUGACGAUGUCGACGAGUUCUACUUACUUUGCGAUCCAGAGAAGGAGAACCUGUGUUUGUACGGACACGCGAAUGAGUCGUGGGAAGUGACGCUGCCGGCGGAGGAAGUUCCGCCGGAGCUUCCUGAGCCGGCGUUGGGGAUCAAUUUUGCAAGGGAUGGGAUGAAGCGGAGGGACUGGCUGUCGCUGGUGGCUGUGCAUACUGACUCUUGGUUGCUCUCUGUUGCUUUCUAUUUUGGGGCUCGCCUUAAUCGCAAUGAGAGGAAGCGUCUAUUUAGCCUGAUAAAUGAUCUGCCUACUGUAUUCGAAGUUGUGACAGAGAGGAAGCCAGUAAAGGACAAGCCCAGUAUGGAUAGCAGUAGCAAAUCCAGAAUCUCCACUAAGAGAUCAAGUGACGGACAAUCAAAACGCAGUCUGAAGCUCUACGAUGAGAGUAACGAGGAGGAUGAAGAUGAGCAUGGUGAAACCCUUUGUGGGAGCUGUGGGGGAAAUUACAGUGCUGAUGAGUUCUGGAUAGGCUGUGACAUUUGUGAGAAGUGGUUCCAUGGGAAAUGCGUGAAAAUAACACCGGCCAAGGCGGAAAACAUCAAGCAGUACAAAUGCCCCUCUUGCAGCACAAAGAAGAGCAAGCCAUAGAAGAAGAGGCUGAAAAUAACCCUUUGUUUGUAACUUCAUAUAGUCGCUUCAAAGGUCAAAGUUAGGUCCCUGCUUGUAUGUUUCUGUAUAAGAUGGAUGUUUUCAUGUUGGUUUCAACUUUCAGUCGGAAAGAGUUCUAGUUCGUAGUUGUUUAGGACCUUGUAUCUAACUAUGAGUCAUGUUGUCGAUGCCGUUUGAUCAUUUUGUUCCGAAUGGGUUCGUAGUUGUCUGUUCAGGACCUUGUAUCUUAGGUUUAGUUCCCAUUGCUUAUUUGCUCAUUUUCUCGGGAUCUUUUUGUUUUCAAUGAGCAUUUUUUCAUACCUGAGUCAAA